CCGAGUUAAGAUCGAAAGAAAUUAUUAUUUAAACGAGAUUAUUAAUUUAUCGAGAUUCUACUGUUCAUGUCUUAAUUAUGUCAUCAUAUAUUUAUAUUAAUACUAGGACACAUAAAUCUGAAUCUUGACCAACCAAGAUCACCACCUUUGAUGGCAAGCCACGUGGCAGUCUCUGAUCGAAAACCCAUGCCGGCCCCCUUAAGCUGUGACACUGAAAAAUAAACAAAAGUUUCAUUUCAUGCAUAUAAAAUGUAUAGCACUUGUACCAUGUAUAAAUAAUUGUAUAAAAAUACCACUAAUCCAAAAUUAAUAAUACAUUGUCGUCACUAACAAAUCAAUAAUGCAAAAAUUAAAAAAAUAAUUUAAAAAAAAAUAAUUAAAAAAAUGGAGCAUUUUAAACCAUAUAAGUUGGUUGAGAAGGCGAAAACAGAAAAGGGACCAUUGAUAUUUAUCCUCUCACACAAUUCCUUCUUUCCUAGUUUCUUCCCUUGUCUAUUUCAUAACUAAUUCAUCAUCUUCUUCUUCACAAAACAUUCCCAACAGAAAGAAAAAAAACCAGCACCUGUCUGUGUGUGUGUGUGUGUGUGAGAGAGAGAGAGAGAGAGAGAGUAUUUUAGAGAGAGAAAGAAAUGGGGAAUUGCCAAGCAGUAGAUGCAGCAGCACUGGUAAUACAACAUCCCAGUGGGAAACAAGAGAGGAUGUAUUGGUCUAUAGCAGCAAGUGAGGUGAUGAAGAUGAACCCAGGCCACUACGUUUCUCUCAUAAUCCCGUUACCGAUUUCCGACAACGGAGAGCAGAAUUCGGACAAUAACAAGACAACCGUCAGAUACACUCGUGUUAAGCUUCUCCGGCCAAGUGAUACCCUUGUUCUUGGCCGGGCCUACCGACUCGUCACCACUCAAGAGGUUAUGAAAGUGCUUAAAGCAAAGAAGCAUGCGAAAAUGCCGUUCACCAGUUGGAGUCCAAAAUCGAUAAUUUUUUUCCAGGCCACAAGACGUGAGAGACAUCAGCAGAGAUCAAGAUCGACGAAUUCUGCCAUAGGAAGGUCCAAAUCAUGGCGGCCGUCUUUACAGAGCAUUUCAGAGUCUUGAAUCUGAUAAAAGUCAAAACGAAAAAUUUGCCUGUCGGAAAAUUCGGAAAACAUCGAUUAAUAAUUCCUUUUGUGUAUAUAGCAUCAACAGAAAAGAUUGGCAAAGUAGAGUCUCCCUCUCUCUCUCUC